CCAAUGAUUAAAUUAAGCCCCUACGCGCUCACGAGCUCCGCGAGCGCGUGCGCGGCGUCGAGGUCGUGGAAGGACUCGACCGACGCGAGCGACCGCGCGCGCUUCAGCUUCGGCGAGAGCGGCAGCAGCGGCGCCGGCCGCGCGCGCUUCGGCGGCGGCGCCGGCGCCGCCGGCCGCCGCUGGCAGAGCGAGAGCGCGUUCACGUAGCGCGGCCCGUGCGCGGGGCUCGGCCGCUCCACGAGCCGGUACCAGCGGGUGCGCCCGCCGACGGCCUCGCACGCGACGCCGAGGCGGCCGUCGGGCUCCCAGUGGACGUCCGCGUCGUCGGAGACAUCCUCCAGGCAGGCGGCGGGGUCCUCCUCGACGGCGUAGGCCGGCGCGUCGUGCCGCGCGGCGGGGUCCGGGUGCACCUCGACCCGCAACAGCUGCUCGAGGUCGUCCGCGUCGCCCGCCGCCAGCAUUCGCGUCACCUCGAAGGCGUCUAUUGGUGCGAGAGGCGUGCCCUGCAGGAGGUCCUGGGCUCCCCGAAACCAGGCCGGCGCCGGCCCCUCGAGCACCCAGCGGCCGUCGACGCAACGGCUGCCGACGCAACGGCUGCCGACGGCGGAGGUUGUGCGGCGCGGCCGCGCGCGCGUGAAUUCCGCGAGGCGGCUGUCGAGCUCCCACCAGGGCGUCAGGUCGUCCGCCGGGCCCGCGAGCAGCGAUCUCGCGGUCGGCUCCGCCGAGCAACUGCCGCUCCACAUCCUGCUCGUCUCUCUUGCGAACUGCAUCGUCCAGCGCGGUUGGGUUGCGGUCCCGCACCGCGUAGGUCUUGCACUUGCAAUAUGAUGGCAAUUUCGCGCGUCGCAAAAAGCGCACUGUACUUG